GCGAAUGUGCAAGUAAACAAAGUAAGUGUCCCAGAGCUAAAACCAGAAGUGAAGUGUGUACUCUUCCAACUUUGCUCCGAAGAAAGAGCUUUCACAUUCACAUAAUUAAGGUUUGAAAAUCUCAUAUAUAUACAUAUAAAACCAUGCCAGCCCCUCCCGACCUUCUUGCCCAUGUGGGGAACAUGACAGGCGCGGUCCACUACUUCACGGGCCACUCUUCGCCCCACCGUUCCCUCUGGAGCCUGAUCCAGGGCAAUGUGAACAGCAUCGUGUCGCAGUCCGUGUCCAAGGCCAGCUACCACCUCAGCUCCGCCACCAAGCUCAUGGGAGGCUUCAGGAGGCGACUGCAGGAGCAUCUUCAAGAGAGACUGGCCAAAGUUUUGUACCAGCCCAACGUCAAUAAUUCUGCAGAGAUUCACCAUGAUGUGGAACUGGUGGUGGAUGAGUCUAUGCAGGAUGUGAACAUGACGAAGAACUCCACGUUCAGGGAGGAUCUGGUGAGAGAGCUGGACUCUGACAUUGAAGUGAAUGCUUUCAACACAGCGUUCUUAGAGUCAGCUGGAGACAGUGGGCACUCCCAGGACAAUCUGGACUUCUUCCACAAGAUGCCCAUCAAAGACGAGACGCUGUUUGUCGUUCUGGUGUGCAUGGGAGUCAUCAUUCCCAUCAUCCUCAUCACUCUCUUUGCCAUCUUCUUUUACAAGAGGAGAAGAAAUAACAAGGAAAGAAG